UGCGUCCUCAAUCUCACCACACCACUUUUAGUAUCAGCAGACGACGAGCGGACGGACACCUGCCAUAAGAGUUUAAAUUGCUUGGAAAUUAUAUGGCCUGUGUCGUAAUUUCUUUUUAAAAGUUAGCUGUGGGUUUCAUGAUUUUUUUUGGUAGGCCAGGCGACAACAGCAUUAUUGUAUCGUAUAUAAAGUAGGCUAUUUUAUGUGAAUGGCUGUUGGCUAGACAACACAGCGAAGGGUUAAUCCUAUUUUAUAAUGCAAAGCCGACUUGGAGACUUUUCCAUUUAAACCUGUCCUCCCUGGCGGUAGGGGAGUUUGGUUCUUUUGAUUUUUGCUCGUCUGCAGGUGAAGAUUUAACUUAACUCCAUGACUGACUCAGAGAAUGUUGACGCAGAGUCCAAACUGGAAGCCGUCAUACAGAGGUUGGAAGAGAGUGUCCUCUCUGAGGAGAAGAGGCUGACGCUCCACGGCCCCUCCCCAGAUGCACCGCCUGCCUGUCUGCCUGUGCGAGUGCGAGAAAUUGUCACCAAGAACCUGAGCGACAGCUCCGCAGGAGCCAUGUCCUCACUCAUGUCCCUUCAGGAGGAGAACCGGGUGCUCCAAGGGGAGCUGGGAAGGCUGGAGGACCUCUUGGCCCACAGCAGAGCCGACCGCGAUGAGCUGGCCAUCAAGUACAGCGCCAUCAGUGAGAGGCUGGAGCAGGCUCUGCGUCUGGAGACGGGUGACGGCGAGGGCGACUCACUGGAGUCUCGCAGCCUGGCGCAGCAGAAUGUGGACCUGCGCAGACGGCUGGACGAGGAGCAGGCCCAAUACAAGCGCAAACUCACCGCCUACCAGGAGGGGCAGCAGCGGCAGGCACAGCUGGUGCAGAAACUCCAGGCCAAGGUCCUGCAGUAUAAAAAGCGGUGUGGUGAGCUGGAGCAGAUCCUGCAGGAGAAAACCUCUGAGCUGGAGCGCCACCGACUCAACGGUCGAUGUGACUUGUCAAGCGAUCGGCGAGAGGAUGAGGAGCCGUGCAGUGAUCUGGAGAGCGCCCUCAUCAGGCUGGAGGAGGAACAACAGAGAAGCAGUAGCCUGUCUGCUGUGAAUUCCAUGUUGCGAGAACAGCUGGAACAGGCGAGCCUGGCCAAUGAGGCUCUUAGCCAGGACAUCCGAAGGCUCACCAUUGAUUGGACUAAAGCUCGAGAGGAGCUUGAACAAAGAGAAUCUGAUUGGAGAAAAGAGGAAGAGUCCUUCCACAGUUAUUACAGCAGUGAGCAUAGUCGGCUUCUGCAGCUAUGGAGACAGGUGGUUGGGUUCCGGAGACAUGUGUAUGAGCUGAAGAGUGCUACAGAAAGGGACCUGUCGGACAUGCGUAACGAGCUGGCCUGGGCCUCCCACACCGCUCAGUCCUCGUGUGCGGGUCUGACCUCGUCCAUGCACAACCGCGAGGAGGGGCUUGCCGUGGCGCUGGAGCGUGAGUCUGCCCAGCGGGCCCAGCUGGAGCUGCAGCUGCGGGAGCACGUCAGCGACACAAUGACCCUGCAAGCCCGCGGCGACGCUGAGCGAGCCGAACUCAACGCCAGGCUGGUGGAGGCGGUCAGGGAGAUGGAGAGACUGAAGGCCCAGAAUGAAGACAAAGAGCAGGAGGUCUCCUCCCUCACCAGGAGACUAGAGGACCAGAGUGGGGUGGAGGGCACCGAGCUGCAGGCUCUCCGAUCUCAAACGGAGACCUUACUGGACACCCUCAGGGACAUAGCUCAGACGAUGCUGUCAGAUGGAGAGUCUGGAAUAUUCUCUGACUCGCAGGAUGGAGAAGCCAUCGGAGCCUCUCUCACGCCCCUGCUCAGGGUGACCUCACAGCGGUCAGCGUCACCUAGACGACCCUCCUCCCCACGACGGCCUUCCACCAUGGCCCUUCCUGAGGCCAGCCUGUCUGCUCUACGCUCCGCUGUGUCCAGCAAACAGCUCCAGCUGCAGGAAAUCCGCGGGCGUCUGCUCUCAGCGCAGUCGUCUGUGCAGCAGCUGCGCAGGCAGCUUGCUGAGGUCGAGACAGGCCGGCGGGACGCGGAGCUGCGUGUGCAGGCCCUGCAGGGCGAGCGGGACGAUGCUCUCCGAGAGAGAGAGACGGCGCAGAGGGAGAGGGACCGCAUCAGGCAGGAGAGGACCUCUCUCAUCAGAGAGAAAGAUGGUACGGAAAAAGCCUUGCAGGCAGCGCAGACCAGAGUCCAGCUGUUGCAGCUGGAGAGUGAGAAGCUGCAGAUGGCCCUGAGCUCCAGCCAACGUGAGAGAGACCACGAGAGGGAGGAGAAGGAGGCCGCCGUCCAGGAGCGCGAGCGGACCAAGACCGAGAUGGAUAGAAUCCAGAAGCAGUGGGAGCAGAGUGAGGGCCGGGCCUCUGGCCACCGUAUGGAGCUGACCGCUGUGCGGGAGACGCACCAGCAGGGUCUGGUGGAGAAGCAGAUGCUGGAGGGAGAGAGGAGCCAGCUGACCGAGGCCCUCGCCAAGGCUGAGUCCUCCAACGCUGAGCUGACCCUGCUGGUGAAUAAGCUUCGCUCCGAGGAGGCUGGCCUCCGCGACUCCCUGGCCAAGAUGGGUAGCCUGAACGAGGGCCUGGCCCAGGACAAAACUGACCUCAAUAACAUCAUCAAUCAGCUGGAGGAGGAGAAGAGCCACCUGCUGACCCAGAAGAGGGAGGCCGAGCAGGAGAAGCUGACCAUCCGCGAUGAGCUCGUCCGGCUGGAGCAGGACCGAUUGGAGCUCGACACUGCCCGUCUGGCUCUCCACCAAUCACUGCAGGAGGCUGAGCUGGCCAGGGUGGGAAUGGAGGCGGAGCUUCAGACUGUCAAAACGGAAAGAGCCAGACUGCAGGACAAAGUCAUACAGCUGUGUGCGGAGGUCAGUGCCUUGGAGGCGGCGCUGGGCACGGCCCAGGGAGAGGGCGAGAGGCAGGGCGCGGCCCUGGAGGAGGUCGGGCGGGGUCGGGCGGAGCUGGCCAAGGAGAGGGCAGGGCUGGUGGUCCAACUGACAGCGUCUGAGAGAGAGAAUGCCGCACUGACCGAGGAGCUGGCUGCUUUCAGGACUGAUAAAGAGGCUCUGGAGACCAGCCUGUUUGAUGUGCAACAGCAGUUCCUGCAACUGGAGUCUCAGAAAGAGCAGCUGGAGGCCGACACCCACAACCUGCGGCUGCGCCAUGAGACCACCACGGCGGAGCUGAAGCGCAUGCGAGUGGAUAAAGACAACGCGCUGGUGCAGUGUGAGCGCGAGAGAGAGGCCUUCAUGCAGAACCUGGCCUCUGCACAGCACGAGCACCAGCAAGCCCUGCGCAAUGCCAUGGCCAACCACCAGGAGGAGUCAGAGAGACUCACUGCUGAAAAGGAGGCGCUGCAGCGGUUACUGGAGGCGGAGCGCGAGGCGGCGCUGCGGCAGACGCGGCAGGAGUGUGAGGAGCGGCUACAGCGGGCGGAGAAGGAGAGGGAGGAGCUGCAGGAGGAGGUGCGGGCGCUGCAGCGCGACCGGGACCAGAGCCUCCUGCAGGCCGAGACCGAGAAACAGCAGGCACUGUCUCUGAAAGAGACGGAGAAAGCAGGCCUGUCUGAGCGUGUGUCCACGCUGCAGGCUGAGCUGGCCGUAGCCACCCUGGAAGUGGAGCGUCUGAGCCGGGAGGCAGGGCACGCUAAAGAGAUGGAGAGGGCCACCGUAGCUGCUCUCAACGCUGAGCUUGAAGAGGUGCGUGCCCAGCUGGAGGAGACAGCGAGCUCGUACGGGCGAGAGCUCCGAAGACUCCAGGACAGCAGCGCUGACCAGCAGACAUGCACAGACACGGCCCUCAAGGAGCUGGAGGAGUGUCGGGCAGCGCUGUCGGCCAGUGAGGAGAGUCGGGACGUGGUGAGGCGGGAGGUGCUGGAGUUGGAGCGGCGGCUGUGCCAGACGCGCGACGCGGGCGAGGGCCACCGGCGGGACACGGUGGAGCUGCGGCGCUCUCUAGGGGACGUGACGCGCGAGAGGGACACGCUCGGCCAGUCCAACGGCCAGCUCAGGGAGGCCCUGCGCUCCGCCGAGAGCGAGAGGAUCAGUGUGAAGCGGCAGUGUGAGGAGAAGGAGCAGAGGGUGAGUGUGCUGGAGGAGAGCCUGGCGUCUGCGCAGAAGGAGGUGGCGGAUCUGCGCAGCUGUCUGCGCGAGGUGGAGCGCUCCCGACUGGACGCCCGGCGAGAGCUGCAGGAGCUGCGCAGACAGGUGAAGGUGCUGGACGGGGAGCGCGAGCAGAGGAGCAGGGAGGUGGCUGAGCUCCACACGCGUCUCUCUCUGGAGGAGCAGAGGGAGGAGGAGAGGGGCAGGGAGCUGUUCGCUCUCAAGCAGAAACUCAGCGAGGCCGAGACCACCAGGACCUCCAUCAAGAAGGAGCUGACCAUGCUGCAGGCGGCUGGACUGGACUCAUCGGGGCGGGGGCCGGGCGCGAGGCAGGGCCGCAGUCCUGCGGGGAGCAACAGUGCCGCCACCUCACCUGGGGCCAGCAUGACCAUCCUCCGCCACCGCAGCAGCUCCCCGCUGCACGCCUCAAUGUCGCCCCCUAAAGAUUUGGGUCGCAAUCCCACUCCAGACAACAGUGUGAGCUCUCGGCCACUGUCCCCAGAGAGAGGGGACACGCCACUGCCUCUAGCUCCGUCCGAGCUGGACCCAGAGGCGCUGCGCUCUGGUCUCAGAGACUUCCUGCAGGAGCUCCGCGAGGCACAAAGAGACAGGGAUGAGGCACGUGGCCAGUUGGGUGUGGUGCAGCGUGAGCUGGAGGAGGUUACAGCAGAGAGAGACUCUGCCCAGAGCCGUCUCUCACAGCUGCACAACUCACUACAGGACUACCAGUUAGUGAGGCGUGAUGUGGAUGGGAAGCUGAGCUCUACUCAGGCCCUGCUGCAGCAGCAAGAGGAGGCGAUGAGGAGAGGGGACAGGGAGAGGAGAGUCCUCACUGACCGCAUCAGAGAGCUCGAGAGAAAUGUGCAGAACGCGGAGGCCGAGAGGAAACACACACAGGAGCAGCUGAGUAAUCUCUGGGCCCUCUCAGGCGCCCUGGAGAGCCGAGCUGCAUCUGGGAGGGGAGGGGAGGCCCCUGAGGCGGGGAGGCCCUGGAGACGCUGGCCACGCUGGUUGAGCUUGAGCAGGCGCAGCCUGGAGGGCGAGCUGCAGAGGGUCCGUCUCAGCGCCGGCGACAGGGAGGCCGAGAGCCAGGCAUCGCAGGAGCGCCACGACGGCCUGCUCAAACAGGUGGCAGAGUCGGAAGGCCGCUUGUCCUCGCUCCAGCGGGAGGUGGAUCGUCUGAGCCAGCUGCUGACCAAAGCGCAGGAGAGCGAGAGCAGCCAGCGUGAGCGUGUCCAGAGCCUGGCCCAGAACCUGCAGGAGGCCACUGCUGCCCACAGCGCCACCCAGGGGCGGCUUGCCACACUGCAGAAGAGCCUGGGCCUGGCCGAGCAGGAGCGCAGGCAGCUGCAGGACCGUGUGGAUGGAGUGCGGGCAUCUCUCUCUGAGAGCAAGAGGAAUGUGGCCACCCUGACUGAGCGCGUGCAGAGCCUGCAAGCUGAACUGACCCAAAGUGAGCUGCGCAGGACAGAACUGGAGGCGGAGCUCUCCAACACUCAAGAGGCCCUGCGUCUGCGCCUAGCCAGCCUCACAGAGGCCCAGCGCAGUGCCCAGUCUGCGCAAAUAGAGCGAGCGACCAUAGACGAGCGUCUGCGCAGCCUCCAGAGGGCCCUGGCCGUGCUCGAGACGGAGAAGAAGGAUGCCGAGAGACAGGCCGUUCGUCUGGAGAAGGACAAGAACGCGCUGAGAAACACCUUAGACAAGGUGGAGCGCGAGAAGCUGAAGUCGGAGGAGGGCAGCAUGCGUCUGUCCGCUGAAAAGGGACGUCUUGACCGCUCACUCAACACCGCCGAGCAGGAGCUGCAGGACGCCCAGAGGCAGAUUACUCUGUUGCAGGCACAGCUGGCAGAGAUGGAGCAGACUCAGACUGUUAGUGAGAGCUCGGCGCGGCAGAGGGACGAGGUCCAGCGGGAGAUGGAGCGUCUGCGGCUGGCCCAGAGGGACGCCGAGCGCACGCUGGCCGCCAGGGAGAGGGCCCAUCGCCAGCGCGUCAAGGGCCUGGAGGAGCAGGUGUCCACUUUGAAGGAACAACUGCAGCACGAAAUCCGGCGCCGGCAGCCAUCUUUGACCCCUUUACCUGGGGGCAGCUGAGAGAGGCUGUGCCCUGCAGGACACUGGGGAUACUUCUGAGCACCAGCAGCAGGAACACUACAAUACUUUAGGUUCUGACCCACUCAUGGCUUUAAUGACCAAAACCAGUACCAGCAACUCAGACUGGAGACAAAGUCUUCACCAUUUGGAGAGCUUCUGUUAGUCGUACACAUGCUGAGGAUAUGAACUUUUCCAUGUACCGAUAUUCCUGAAAUUGGAGCCAUUGAACAAUGUGUGUGUUGUAUAAUUAUGUUGUCAAAACUUGAAUUAAGAUAGAUAAAGUGCAACAUAAAUAGCAAUGCACUGCACAAAGGGACCACUGGAUAUUAGGACAUCAUUUUUUCGGUGUGUUUGAUAAAUAUAGAAAAUGCCACUACUAUAGAACAUAUUAGUAAUAUUAUAUAGUGCACUAUACUAACACUGUAACGGGUCUCUUAUGUUUACAUCUUAUCCAAAUACUAAUGACCGCAUUCUAACAUCAAAUUAAAUGACAUUCCAGUUGGAUUUUAAAGGGACUCUGUGGACUUGAAGAAGAAAUGACCAAUUAAACGCUAGAGUUUGAUAUUUUA